AUGCAAGAACUGCGCCACAGAAUGCAGGACUUAGAGCGCAGGCUAGCAGAGAGAGAGCGCGACCAACGCUCCCCAGAGCGGAGCCCCACCCGUUCCCGUUCAAGGAGCCGCUCGAGGCGCACGCCGAGCCCCCAAUACGAGUCGGAGAGCACUGGGGGGCGGGUACGCCCCAGAAGAAGAAGUCGGGACCCCAUUAUCUACGCCCGACACGAAAGGCGGCGUGCGUCGAACAGGGGCGACGAGGAGGCGCACCGCGAGAACGACGAGUCGAGAAGAACUGCCCGAGGACCCGUCAUAAUAGGAGCGACUCCUUUCCACCGUUCCGACGCCCUCGAGCAAGCUAUCAGGGACGGCAAACUCGCCGAUUUCUCCCACCUUAUAAGGGAACCAAGGAGACGCAACCGGGACCACGACAGCGAAGAUAGAUCCCGACCAACGAGGCGACGACAAGAACCAGAGGGUGACGACCACGGUCUCACGGUGGUAAAUGUGGUGACGGCCAAGAAUACCGCCCCGAAGUCGAAAUCGGCGCAGAAGAAAGAUGCCAAGGUCCUAGCGGUCUCCACCUCACCCGUUAGAAAUCUUAAGGGUCUCCCACCUAUCUCUUUCGGCCCGGAGGACCAAUGGUUCGACGAGGGCCAAUGCCGACCUCUUUGCUUGGACACCUGCCGACAUGCCCGGGAUAGAUCCCCAGCUCAUGUCGCAUCACCUGGCCGUAAAGGUAGGAGCCAAACCAGUGGCCCAGAGAAGGAGAAAAAUGUCGCAGGAAAGGGUGGAAGAGGUGGCCAAGCAAACGGCCAGCCUCUUAGAAGCGGGAUUCAUCCGGGAACUGGACAACUCGACUUGGUUGUCGAAUGUAGUUCUGGUUAA